AUGACUAGUUCGCGCCACCGGUCAUCUACUAUACAACCCAACGGCUACGCUUCCCGCUUUGCUGAAUUGAUGUCUCCACAGCAAGAGCAAAAUCCGCAAGAAGCGGCUUCGUCCCGCCACAAGCCCCAGCCUCCGCUGCAAGAAAUGCCCAGCUACUCAUCGCAACUAAAGUCUGCUCUAGCACAAAAGGCAUCCCUCCAGGACUCGGAUAUGACCACACGCGUCAGGAAGAUCGAGAAUUCCAUCAGCGAUAUCCAGCAGAAUGGCUUUGCCGACAUGCUGGCCGAGAAUGCGACAUUAUUGAGCGAAACCACGGUACUGAAAGACAGGAUACAGGAGUUAGAGGAGUCACAGGAAACUAUGAGAGCCCGUCUCAAUGAGCUGUGUAAGGUCAAUGGGGUUUCCACCGUUCAGAGUGAUCCAAAGCGUAGGAAGCGAGCACGCCCCCUGUGA